GGCCAUGAGAAGAGUGAAGUCUCUGAAACAGUCUUCUAGUAAGAGUGACAGGAACAAACCACUGUAGGUGAGGGUAUCUCAGCAGAAUGGAACUUGCUUCCUUGCAAAUUGGAUAAUACAGACUUCACUUAGUUCUUGCAUAUACCAUAAAGUUGCCUUUACAAGUUUCCCUCCACAUCACGAAAUCUGAAAAAAUGGGAUUUUUACAUCUCUCCAGCCAGCACUGAAAACGAAUGGGGAUUGAAUUGCUUUGCCUCUGUUUCCUAUUUCUGCAGAGAAUUAACUGUGUGCAAGGGACCUGUUCUCAGGAAAGAGCAGUGACUUGUGAAGAUUGUUUACUUUCCGGACCACACUGCGCUUGGUGUUUUCAAGAGAAUUACACAGACUUGGCUGGAAUUCAUGGGAGGUGUGAUACCCCAGAAAACCUUUUGUCAAAAGGAUGUCAGUUGAAUUUGAUUGAAUAUCCCGUUUCAGAAGUAGAAAUUCACAGAAACGAGCCCCUAACUGUAGCAACCCAGAAGAACAAUUCUGAUGUCACACAGAUUUCUCCUCAAAAAUUAACUCUCAGGCUGCGACCAGGACAUGAAGAAACAAUACAGAUCAAGGUUCGCCAAACUGAAGAUUAUCCAAUUGAUCUCUAUUACCUCAUGGAUCUUUCAGCCUCCAUGGAUGAUGACCUGAAUACAAUCAAAGAACUGGGGUCAACUCUUUCCAAAGAAAUGUCAAAACUGACAAGCAACUUCAGACUGGGGUUUGGAUCCUUUGUUGAAAAACCAGUUUCACCAUUUAUCAAAACUACAUCUGAAGAAAUAAACAACCCUUGCAGAAGUGUACCAUAUGAGUGCUUACCCACCUUUGGAUACAAACAUGUUUUGCCGCUUACGAAUGAUUCUGAAAAAUUUAAUGAAAUUGUGAAAGGACAGCGAAUCUCUGCUAAUAUAGACACUCCAGAGGGAGGAUUUGAUGCAAUUAUGCAGGCAGCUGUUUGCAAGGACAAAAUUGGAUGGAGGAAUGAUUCUCUACAUUUGCUGGUGUUUGUGAGUGAUGCUGAUUCCCAUAUUGGGAUGGACAGUAAACUGGCAGGGAUUGUUAUUCCUAAUGAUGGGAACUGCCAUUUGGACCACAAUAAUGAAUAUUCCAUGUCAACUGUUCUGGAGUAUCCCACAAUUGGACAAUUAAUUGACAAACUUGUGCAAAACAACGUUUUAUUAAUUUUUGCUGUAACAAAUGAACAAGUUCACUUAUAUGAGAGCUAUGCAAAGCUUAUUCCUGGAGCUACUGUUGGACGACUACAGAAGGAUUCUGGAAAUAUUCUCCAGUUGAUCAUUGCUGCAUAUCAGGAGCUGAGGUCCGAGGUGGAGCUGGAGGUCUUGGGAGAGACAGAAGGGCUCAAUCUCUCUUUCACGGCCAUCUGUAACAAUGGGACCUUUUUUCCACGUCAGAGGAAAUGCUCUCAUGUGAAAGUGGGAGACACAGUCUCUUUCAAUGUGACUCUAAGUCUCUCCUCUUGUGAAAAAAACAGAAGGCAUGUUGCGAUAAAACCAGUGGGGCUCCGUGACACACUGGAAAUGGAAAUUCAUCCCCAGUGCAGCUGUAACUGUCAGGCAAAGGCUGAGAUGAACAGCCCAAAAUGCAACAAAGGGAAAGGAUUGUUUGAGUGCGGUGUGUGCGUCUGCAGCCCGGGGUACACGGGGCCACACUGUGAAUGCGAUGAGAGCUCUCUCGGCGCCAGCUCCUGCAAGGGCUCGGCAGAGCAGGGCUCCUGCAGCGGGAGAGGCGACUGCUACUGCGGGCAGUGCGUUUGCCACCCGUCCCUGUACGGAAAGGUGUACGGGCCGCGCUGCGAAUGCGAUGACUUCUCGUGUGUGAGACACAGAGGGCUCCAGUGUGGAGGCAAUGGUGACUGUGACUGUGGGGAAUGCGUGUGCCACAGUGGAUGGACUGGUGAAUACUGUAACUGCACAACCGACACCAGCGCCUGCAUUGCUGAGGAUGGGACGCUGUGCAGUGGGAGAGGCGAAUGCAUCUGUGGGACAUGUGCUUGCACCCAUCCGGGGGUUUCAGGCCAAACGUGUGAAAAAUGCCCUCUCUGCGGUGACCCUUGCAGUUCCAGGCGGAGCUGUGUGGAAUGUCACUUGGCUUCUGAUGACAAGUCACCAGGAGAAUGCAGUGAAAAAUGCAAAUUGGUUGAUGCAACUGUCAGCACUGCAGAGGAUUAUUCAGAGGAUAAAUCCAUUCCCUGUUCUUUGCAGGGGGGAAAUGAAUGUAUAAUCACAUUUCUACUGGCUAUGGAUGAACAGGGAAGGACAGUCAUUCAUAGCAUAGAACAGAAAGAUUGCCCACAGCUUCCAAAUAUCCUGAUGAUAAUGGUGGGUGUCACCCUUGCUAUCCUUCUGAUUGGCAUUGUUUUACUGUGUAUAUGGAAAUUACUGGUGUCAGUUCAAGACCGAAAAGAGGUGGCUAAGUUUGAAGCAGAAAAAUCGAAAGCCAAAUGGCAAAUGGAAACAAACCCACUGUACAGAGGCUCAACAACCACUUUUAAAAAUGUAACUUACAAGAACGAAGAAAAGCAAAAAGGGGCUGUGGCUGCAGAUUUCUAUUAGCACCUCUGACACUACAAACUUAGUUUUAUUGGCAGGAAAUCUAAAAACACUUGUUUCUUCUCAGCUGACUAUGUGGCAUUCGUUUGCACGUUGCAGUGGUAUAAUCAUUCUGUCAGAGAAAAUAUAUCUUGUGUUGGGAAAACUAGAGAUAACAUAUAAGUGGUAAAGGUUAGCAGAAAUAUUUUAAAAACCAACUUUAAUAUUAAAGCCUCAUCUUAAAAAAAUAGCAUCACAAAUAAUUUUAAUUUUCUCAUUAAUGCUGAGGAUUAAAAAUUAUCGUAUGUAAGCCUACUUUUUGUGAAAUUAGAUAUAUUCAAUGAGCUGUACACUAUUUUGUUCAUACACACAAUCCCAUAUAUUUGUGUUUAGGAAUGUAUUUGCACCAGCCUAUUUGGGGACUAGUUUCUAUUUAAAAAGAUAAUUUUUUCAUGAAUGCUGCUUAAACUACUGAGGUUAGAGGUUUCUUGUAUCACCUGUGUGACAGAAAAAUUGUUCAUCGGAAACAAGUAGUGGUAUCGGCUAUUUUCCAUGUAUCUAAGGUAUACAGAAACAUCUCCUCUCUAAUUCUUCUUUCUUGCCCUGUGUCACGCUGUCUUCGUCUUUGUUGCUGUUUGAUGUUCUUUAAGAACCCAGUCCCUGGGGUUAUCUCAGGUAAAGCUAAAUGAGGCCUGUACGUACUUGCAGAGUGGUUUUCUGUUCCAAGCAUAGGCUGCUUUCUUUUUUCUCUUUCCUUUAAAUUCUAGUAGAGAGGAUUCAGAGCAAAAGAGAAAUAUUUGUAAAUUAGAGACUCCAGCAAAGAAACUUUAAACCAGAGGAUUGCCAGAACUCCAUUUCACCAUUUACAACCUGUUCAUGCACUUAAAAUAAACCUCGUGUGCUGGAUCAUUACAUGAAUUGUUGCAGCCCUUUACAUGCAGAAAAGUAUACACACAAAGACUCAGUAUCACACACAAAGACAGUACUCUUGUUGAUAUAUCCAAAAUUGUGAUGUUCUUUCAAUGCCCAGCAGCCAAACCAUUUAUUCAUGUGUGAAAUAAUGUAUUUGGCAAUUUUGGGUUGGGUGUUUUGUUUUGUUAUCGGGUUUGGGUUUUUUUCAAACUAAGCAACAAAUUGAUCUAUAGAUUCCACUUCAUACUGAUUUCCAUGACGUUAAUGAGGAGUUUUAAGUCUCAGUUUUUGCUAGCUACUAAUGACUUGCCAUAAAUUCUUAAAUUGUAAUGUUGUUAUCAUGCAUAGCACUGAGGGAAAAAAAAGUUCCAACAAGAUCAGCUAACGUGCUGGCAUAAAAAAUUACAACACUGGGCUAUUUUAAGCUAACAAUAAUUCACUUUAGUUUUUAAUAUCACUUCUCCUCACAUUUUUUUAGUACUCUGGAACAGAUGGUCAAAAUGUACAUAUGAAUGUACUUACAAAAGAAGACUUAGAAAUCAAAGGUACAUCGACACAGUUAUGUAAAUUCCCUAUGAUAAGUCAUAUAUUUGAUCUAAAAAACUCGAUAUCCAUUUUGUAAAAAAUAUUUACAAAGUCUGUGCAACUUCAGUCUCUAUCCUCUACAGUUCCUGGAUGUGAGAUUGAUAUAUUAGCUAGCUCAGACCCGAGCCUGUUUUAGGGCCUGAUCCAAAGCUUACUGGAGUCAAUGGCUACAGAUGAGGAUCCAGUUUCAGUGAAACUAUUAGUUUUGGUUUACAAAGAUUGUUUUGUUUAAACAAACUGGUUAAUACUGUCUAUUAGUGGAUUAGAACCUAUAGUAUAUAUUUCUGUACAAAGACAAAUAAACAGUAUCAGAUGCCUUUGGAAAGAAGGUGAUGCUAUAACCACAUAUUAAAUAUGACAUGACUGCAGUGUUAAGGAAAUUAUGGCUGUCAUUAAACUGGAACAGAUUAAUUACAGGUUCUCAUCUGUACUCUUCAGUAUUCCCGCGUAUCUCAUAGUGGAAACUGUGCACAGACAACGGCUUGCAUCUGCAGCCCUUCUAACCACUAGACUCCCACAGAUGUCAGUGCAAGUUACAUGUGGGACCACAUCCCGUUUUCCUGGCACAUGGAUGAAAUCAUGGGAGGCAAAGCUGGCCCCUGUAUUCUGUCUCAGAUUCCACUUGGGUCAGAAUUGCCUGAGGGACUAGGGAAAUCUGGAUUGAGCCCAUGUAAAUUAUCUGUUACUCUUUUGUUUUUCAUGUACAAGUCAUCAAAUGACAACCUUCCUCUGAAAGAAAUGAAAAUAUUUUUAUUACUUUUAAAGUAGUAAAAAUCUAUACUGUUUAUUAAAUACCUUUUAAGUUCUUUUCUGAGAAGGCUGAUUCCGCUGCUCAGUAUUAGGGUUGAAAGCCCUUCUUCUGUAGGUCACCCAUUUCAAUAUUGAAACACAUUUCAGUAUUCAAAUGUUGUUAACAAAAUGGUGUUCACUUUUCAUAUAAAAAACUUGGUGGUCUACAUUCCCUGUUCCUACAGGAGAUUUCAUUUCACAAAACUACUUACUCUCUUCCCAUCACUUGCAUCUUCUGACCAUCAGCAAAGUUCCAAUUUGGUAUAUAGACAAUGUUCACAGCAAAUUAAUCCCCCUAGCCACCUCUCUCCAAGUUACCAAAGAGGAACAGAAAUCAGGCAGUAUGUUUUUUCCAUUUCCCUGCUGUGACUGACUGUACUAUAAAUGAUCUGUGCACCUUCAAAAUCAUCAGGAUGGAAACCACUCAGAUAACUAAAAGAGAAAAUAGAAGGGCUUGGUGAGGAAGUUCUCUAUUACUAGGCUUAUUCAUACGAGCCAUUCUUUUAACAGCAUUAACUUAGAUAAUAAAUUUUACCUAAACUCCCAGACUUCAAGAGCUUUCAAGGUCUCACUUGGCAUUCACCCUAGAAACAAGAGUGGUGUUCACCUUUUUUUAUUAACUAUAUUAUUUUUAUCUUGUAGCAUUUGUAUAAUUUUUUUUUUCUCCACCAAAUUACGCGUGCGUUUGUGUGCGGUGAGUGGGAUGAAAAAGUCUUUCUGCUGUUUUCAUUAAUAUUGUUUUGACCUGAGGCUGGACCUUGAGAGUGGACAAAACAUUUUUAAUAAUAAUGCUUCUAUUCACUGAAGAGUUAAACUAAAUAAAAGAAUAAUCAUUAGCAAAUUUAUGGUAUUUGUGUAGCUUUUACACCCUGUAGAAUGGCAAUUUCAGUAAUGUAUGGUAAAUAGGUAAUUUUUGAUUUGAUUUAUGAAAGUUUCAUGUUAACCUGUAUUGUAAAUGUUCAGACUGCAUUCAACUUUGUUUUGUAAUAUAACUAGUGGGUAAUGAGUCUGGGAUACAAGGCUCAGAUGUCAAGUGCAAUACUCUCCAUGUGUUGUUGACCACUAUACACAUGUCCAGGUUUGUUUUGCAGGGGGCAUAAGGGAACUAUUGCCCCACAAAACUUAUCACACACAACCUGAAAGUAAAAUAAAGAAAUUUUUAUCUUA